AUGAAAGCGGAAUCAACUAUGCAAAGAAUAUUACCAUGCUUCAUCAAUUGGGAACUUUGGAAGGCAAGAAACUCGGUGACGUUAGACAAUGUGAACCCCUCUCUCCCUAAGAUUAUUGCUCAGAUCUACUGGUGGUCCAAAUGCGUUUCAAGCCAUGGCUCAGGUGCUCACUCUUCCCCAACUUCUCCCGGGAUUCAAGCUCCCUCGUACAACCAAGAUCCUUCUAAUGCAAACGGCAGGCCUCAACCACCAAACGUGGCCCAUCUGCAGAGCAACCGGCCUGCUCGCUCUCCUCUCUCCUAUGCUGGCGUCGAGGUUGUGAGAUGGUCUCAGCCAAGGGCUGGAUGGGUGAAGAUUAAUGUCGAUGGCUCGGCCCUUGGCAACCCGAGGUUAUCUGGAGGAGCGGGUGUUUGUCGUGGGGAGAGAGGUAAUUUCAUUUUUGCGUUUGUGGCUGGAUACGACCAUGGCUCUAAUGUCCAUGUAGAACUCAGGGCCUUCCACGAUGGGUUGCUCUUAUGUCUGUCUACAGGUUUGAGGAAGAUAAUUGUAGAAUCUGACUCCCGACUUAUCAUCAACUUCAUUUUCGAGAAGGCAUCUCUGGGAUGGAAGUGGCGAGCCUGGCUCUGCAGGAUUAACGCCCUCAUCCCAGGUGCCCAUGUGGAGUGA